AUGAUGCCCGAACCUGACAAGCGCGCAAACGCUCAACAAGCCGUCGAUAUACUCCACGAAAUUUCCACCCUUUUGAACUGCCAGCUUGACCGGAGGGCCAUCUCGAUAUGCGUAUCCAUGAUAGAGAGGGGUGUGAAUCCGGAGGCACUAGCCCAAGUCAUCAAGGACUUGCGACAAGAGGCUCAGCAGGUAGAAGAGAGGAUGGCAAUCAAACACGGGCAAAGAUAA